GGUCAGGGGUGGAUCCGCCCCCUCUGUUCCUGUUGACGGGGCCGAGCUCCGCUUUCUGGGACUAUGGCGAUCGGCUGGGAACGUGUCUGUCUCCGCCGGAUCCUGCUGAGGGUUCCCGGGAGCCGCGGCAGCGCCGGGACCGGGCUGCGGGCGCAGUACGACGCCGUGGUCAUCGGGGCAGGCCACAAUGGGCUCACUGCUGCUGCCUACCUACAGAAGUCUGGGGUGAACACCGCUGUGUUAGAGAGACGGCAUGUCAUCGGUGGGGCGGCUGUCACUGAGGAACUGGUUCCAGGGUUUAAGUUUUCACGAGCAUCCUACGUGCUGAGUUUACUGAGGCCUCGGGUCUACCAAGAACUGGAGCUGAAGAAACAUGGGCUGAGGGUGCACAUUCGCAACCCGUCUUCCUUCACCCCAAUGCUGGAGGACGGUGUGGGAGGGAAUCCACCCCGUUCGCUACUGAUGGGCAGCGACAUGGAGGAGACCCAGAAGCAGAUCGCACAGUUCUCACUGAAAGACGCUCGGGCAUAUGCUGCGUACGAUGCCUUGACCAGUCGCAUAGCUGCAGCUAUCCAGCCUCUCCUGGAUACAGUACCAGUGGACAUCCCAUCGCUGACCAGUAACUCCCUGAGGCAGAGGCUCCGAUCGCUGCACACUGUGAAACCUCUUGUACAGGCAGGUCUGAAACUGGGGAAAGACAUUCCACAGUUCUACGAACUACUGACCGCUCCGAUAUCCAGAAUUCUAAAUCGGUGGUUCGAAUCUGAGCCUUUGAAAGCGACCCUGGCCACAGACGGUGUCAUUGGAGCCAUGAUCAGCCCAGAGGCCGCGGGGAGCGGGUAUGUCCUGCUCCAUCAUGUGAUGGGGGAACUGGAGGGGAUUAAGGGGGCCUGGGCUUACGUGGAAGGAGGAAUGGGCUCCCUCUCCAACUCCAUCGCCCAUGCGGCCACAGCUUAUGGUGCCUCCAUCUUUACGGAGAAGCCAGUGCACUCUAUUCUGGUGGAUCAGAGUGGGACUGCCCAAGGAGUUGUGCUGCAAGACGGAACUGAGAUAAGAAGUAAAGUGGUUUUAUCCAACGCCACUCCCCAUGUGACCUUCCUCGAGCUGACUCCACAGAAGUCAAUGCCCAAGGAAUUCAUUAAGGAAGUUUCAUCCAUUGACUACACGUCACCAGUCACAAAGAUCAAUGUGGCUGUGGAUCAGUUGCCAGGGUUCCUGGCUGUGCCCAGGGGUGAGGGGAUUGACCCUGCCCACUACUUGGCUGGCACCAUUCACUUAAACUGUGAGGACACAGCCUACAUAACCGAGGCCUAUAAUGAUGCUUGCCAAGGACUUCCGUCCACAAGGCCGAUGAUCGAGUUAUGUAUCCCCUCAGUUCUGGAUCCAACCAUCGCCCCACCAGCCUGCCAUGUGAUCUCCAUCUUCACUCAAUACACUCCCUACCGUCUCCGAGGAGGAAAGGAGUGGGAUGAGGAGCAAAGGAACCUCUACGCUGAUCGAGUGUUUGACUGUAUCGAGCAGUACGCUCCAGGUUUUAAGAGCUCUGUGAUCGGAUGUGAUAUCCUGACACCUCCAGAUCUGGAGAAGGUGUUUGGUCUGACCGGUGGGAACAUUUUCCACGGGGCAAUGUCACUUGACCAGCUGUACUUGACACGGCCUUCAGCCUUGUAUUCGGGCUACAGGUCACCUGUCAAGGGCCUGUACCUGUGCGGGAGCGGAGCUCACCCAGGCGGCGGAGUCAUGGGAUCCGCAGGUCGCAACGCAGCUCGGGUGGUCGUCUCGGACCUGAGGGGAUCACGGUGGGCCCGCUGACUCCCAGCGCCCCGGCUCUGAUCUCCCCACCGCAGCACCACGGGCCCACACACUGCAGGAAUCAUCGUUAAAUCGGAAAGCACUUUGAUGUAAUUUAACUGGCACUCACAGAAUAUUAUCGCACCGGAAGAAACCAUUCGAGCCAUCGAGUCUGUGCCAGCUCUUUCAAACCAAUCCUGCGAAUUAACUUCUGCCUUUUGAGGGCUUCUACAUUUGAGGCCCCCUUUUCAACCCGUUCCCACCCUCCUGCCACGGAACGCAUUCCAACCCGAGGAGGCAGCACAGUCUGAAUGUCUGUCUUCUAACGGGAGGGUGGGAGGUUAAGCAAAUCUUCUUAUUCCGCCUUUAUUAAUAAAAUAAGAAUCUAGAUUAAAAUCAAACAUUUGG